UGUUGUCUGUCUUUAGCUUGCGUGACAUGGCUUCUUCUGGGGAAGAAAUAAUAUCCAUACAGAGAGGUUGCAACUUACCUGCGCUUAACAGAUGCACCUCCUGCUGUUCCCUAUUUCACUGUCCUUUCUGUAUUUCUGAUUUUUUCAAGCCCUCAAAGAAAAAUUAUACAAUCCACCGGUGUGGUCUAGGUUGUGUGUCACAAUUACACUACCAUUGUGUAUAUUGUUCCUCAAUAAAAAUCCGACGUGACAACUUUGUGGCCCACUUGAAAGGCUGUAAGACUGCUAGUAAAUUAACCACCAUUCCUGAUGUGGCUCCCUUAACUGCCAGUAUAUCGACGACCAUUCCAGAUGUGGCUCCCUUAACUGCCAGUAUAUCGACGACCAUUCCAGAUGUGGCUCCCCUGCCUUCCAGUAUAUCGACGACCAUUCCAGAUGUGGCUCCCCUGCCUUCCAGUAUAUCGACGACCAUUCCAGAUGUGGCUCCCCUGCCUUCCAGUAUAUCGACGACCAUUCCAGAUGUGGCUCCCCUGCCUUCCAGUACAUCGACGACCAUUCCUGACCUGCCUCCCUUAACUGCUAAAGUGACGUGA